GAGGUCUGAUGUCUGAUCCCUCUGAUUACGUUGGCGACGACCGUAUCGUUCUCGCUUUUGAGAAGCGAGAUGAGUUUAUCAAGCUGCUCAAGAGCUUUCUGGCUGUAGACUUGCUCGUACAACUCUCAGCUUCGGAACAAGCCGCGGAGGAACGGACCCUCCUCAAGUUGACCAAUAUCCUAGACGAGUACCAGGAAGCGGCGUAUCUUUUGGACCCGUAUCUUGAGGAACUGAUCGAACCGCCGAUCGAGGCGCUCCGUGCAUAUGCUGGCCAUGUGUCCAGGACUGGCGCGGUCGGACCUACGGAUAGGCUCGAGCUUCUUUCUAGGCUGCUGUAUUGGUAUACCAAAGCCCGAGGAUAUAAGACCAUCAUCAGAUACUUUCCGCAUGAAGCCACCGAUUUCGGCCUUGCUUUUGGGUUGCUCACCAAGACCCUGGAGACUGUAGCGCCUUGGGAGGUCACGUAUAUCCUUCUCCUGUGGCUUUCCCUCAUCUGCAUGCUGCCGUUCAACCUAUCGCUCUUCGAUGAAAAAGGGAAAAAGCCUGUUGUAACGAUUUUGGAAAGCAAAGGCCUCGAGCAAUUAUCGAAGGCUGGGAAGGAGAGAGAUGCGGCUGCUGUGCUACUUUCAAAGCUUUACAUACGCCAGGAUGUGGAAGAUAGACUGGAAACUUUCUUCACUUGGGGCAUGCAGACCCUUCAAGAUCCCGAUCGUGCUUACGCGACUCUAGGCUUCCUCCAAGUCGUUGCUGAACUACUCAAAGGAGGCACACAUGCAGCGUUAGCCCACCAUCUGCUGGACAUUGGUCAACUCUUAGACGAGAUCAAGCAAGAUACGAGUCUGAUGCGGAAUACCUUGAUACGAAAAUACUGCUCAAAAAUCUCAUGUCGUCUUGCAGUCAUGCAGCUUCCUGUACGGAAUGCCCCAAAGUCCGUACGUACCAUACGUGGAGAUGAUAAUAUGCUUCACAACGUAGAUGGCAUAGAAGAAACCGACGAUAACAUACCGGAGACGCUCGAUGAGCAUGUGGAAGAGUUGGCUACUUUCUUGCAAGAGAAGGAUACCAUCGUGCGAUAUUCGGCUGCGAAGGGAUUGGCACGGAUCUCCGAGAGGUUGCCUACCGAGUUCGCGAGCCAAGUAUUGGACACUAUUCUCAGUCUGUAUAGCUUGCACGAUGAGGCAGUUCAAGCCCAAGAAUACACCCCCGACGCUGAAGGCACAUGGCACGGUGCCACAUUGGCGUGUGCAGAGUUUGCACGUCGUGGACUUGUACGAGGUGAUCAUCUGUCAGAAGUACUGAAGUGGGCCAGCAAAGCAUUAUUGUUCGAUAUCAGGAAGGGUGCGGUGUCAGUGGGAUCGAAUGUCAGGGAUGCUGCAGCCUACGUGAUUUGGGCAAGCGCACGGUCCCAGACCACGGAAAGCAUGAAGCCUUGGGCUCUUGAUUUAGCCCAACGUUUGGUGGCAGUAUCCGUGUUUGAUCGAGAGAUUACAAUCCGGAGGGCAGCCAGUGCCGCAUUCCAAGAGAACGUUGGACGUCUGAAUCUCUUCCCUCACGGAAUCGAUGUCCUUCGAAAGACGGAUUUUUAUGCCGUCAGCAUAAGACGUCAUGCGUUCGAGAUUGCAGCACCCGAAGUAGCCGAACAUUUAGAAUAUCGAAAGAGUCUACUUGAUCAUCUUGAGACGAUCACUCUGCGCCAUUGGGACGCGCAAAUAAGAACACUUGCAGCAACGGCAUAUCGCCGCAUAUGUGAUCUCGAUCUUCUGAACCUUGGUCCAACUCUGGCAGUUCGGCAGGAAAACAUGCUUACGCAUCCAGAAAGCACUUUCGUUCACGGCGCACUGCUCGCACUUGCGAACAUCGGAGAGUCCCUUGGUUGCCGCACGGAACCGACAUUACAGGCGGCACGGCUACGAAUAUUUCAAUCUAUAUCAAAGGUAACCCUUCGAAAGCUGCAGUCCUUUCGGGGAGAGCUAUUGCUUGGUGCUGUUUGUGACCUGGUAGCCACCAGCAUAUCACAAGCUGCCCUCGACCUCAAAUCAACUGGUCCACCGUGGCGAGACAUUCUAGAACUUGGCUUGAGAUCUCGUGACGAAUUAGUCCAAUAUUCCGCAGCGGGCGCUUGGUCCAGCAUCAGCAACAUAACUAAUUGCCAGGUUGAGGUUCGAAGAUGGGUGAAAGAUUUCGCCACAGCGACUCCAACAAUUCAGCAGGGGAUUGCCAAAGCUCUGGGGAAGCUCAAAUACGCUGCUUUUCCACACAAAGUGCAGGAUGCAAUAUCAUGCUUGAGCAGCGCUGUUCGGACUAGGAAUCCAAAAUAUGUGACGUCAAUUGAAGUCCGUCGAGAUUGCUUCGUUGCACUCAACCAAAUAGCAUGUCAGGAUGGGGUUAUUAUUGGAUCAGAUGGGAAUGUUGCGUUGUUUCAGUCUCUCCUAUUGGAUUUUCAGCAGGGUCUUCGAGAUUAUACGAGCGAUCAACGAGGCGACGUCGGUUCCUGGGUGCGAAUUGAGAGCCUGAAAGCUCUCGGAGCAACAAUAUCCAGGGUGUUCGAAUCGUGCACACAACUGCGCGAACCAUUGCAAUGGAUCAGUGACGAUAAACUUGCAGAGUUGCUUGGAAUGAUGCUCAAGCAAAGUGUCGAACGGUUGGACAACGUCAGAGACGAAGUUGGUACUCAACUUGGUCUCAUUAUGACUGCAUACAUGUCCAAACCUGUGCCGUCCACAAUCUGGAAGAUCGAAGGUGCAACGGCGCUUCAAGAUCUUUGUGAUCAAAAGGCAGACCGUACGUGGAAAGAACGCGGGUGGUUCUUUCCGAAAGCACUUCAGCUUCUGCUUCUGCCAACAUACCGACCCUUCCUUCUCGAAGGAGUGGCCUACAGCAUUGGGAGCAAAACUGAGACCAAUCUGGGACCAGUAGGCAAGGCCCUAUCAGACUUCGCGGCAACCUUGCCUGUAUCGGAAUCGGACGGGAAUACUUUCUCCUUGUGUCAGCUGUCAAGAGAACUGCUGUUGCAAGUCCGAUUGGACUCGUCGAACAACUCGUACUUCGUACCAUACCUUCAAACAUUCCUCGUUCUGCUGCAAGCGGACGUGUUGCAGAGCCUAGAUGAAGCACAGGAAGGACGAGCAUUGCUUGGCGAGAUUCUCGAUAUAUCUGUUCGCAAUCUUGCUCGCAUCAAGAACGUGCAACGGAUUGUGACCUCCAUGAAAAUUGUGACCUCAGCUGCUGCAAUUCCCUCCAUCACUAGGGACACCCUUGUGCCGCUUACGUUGCUGUUGACUCACUCAGUGCCAAGAGUCAGAGAAGAAACGGCAGAAUCGUUGUACGUCGUAGCGCAAACGAGUGAGUUGUUCGGUGAGAGCGAGGAAAAGGGAGAGGACCUUUUGCUGGAGACCUCAUGGCUCGGUGGAAAUGACUCAGAAGUCAGGUCUGCCGCUGAGGAGGUUGUGCAUCUGAUUCGGGAAGGGAUGGCAGACUGAAUUCAUGGAGAUAUUAGGAGCAC